GUACUGAAGAGGGGAGCAGAGAAUAGCGGAGCGGCAGACUCCACCAUGCCAGUGCAGGGAGGAAGGCUGAAGCGCUGCCUGUGCCUCUGGAGCCGGAGUCCUCUGCUGUUGCUCGGACUGCUCUCUCUCCACGCUCAAGCCAACGGCAAUAUAUUGGACAGCAUGCUGCUGAGAGCGUCCAAUAAGGAGGCAGCGGAGAGUGGGAGGGAGACCAGUGGCAGCACGGCUCCUGUGGCGUCCCCCCAAAGACUGCGGUCGUGUCACUGUUAUAACCACUGCCCUGAAGAUUCAACCAAUAACACGUGCAGGACGGAUGGCUACUGUUUUACCAUGGUGGAGGAGGAGGGAGGGGUACGGGUCCAGACUGCAGGUUGCCUGGGCCUGGUCGGAUCAGAGUUUCAGUGUCGGGACACCGGGAACUCGCGUCUGAGGAGGUCGCUAGAGUGCUGCAUGGACGAAGAUUACUGUAACAAAAACCUGCAUCCCACACUGCCACCGCUCAAACCGCCUCUCUACGUUGAUGGAAAGAUCCACCACAUGGCCUUGCUGAUCUCAGUCACUGUGUGCAGCAUUAUACUGGCUGCCAUUAUUGUCUUCUGCUACUUCAGGUAUAAGCGUCAGGAGUCUCGUCCCCGGUACAGUAUUGGUCUGGAACAGGAUGAGACCUACAUUCCCCCCGGAGAGUCUCUGAAGGACCUGAUAGAGCAGUCACAAAGCUCUGGCUCUGGCUCAGGGCUCCCUCUAUUGGUCCAGAGAACGAUAGCCAAGCAGAUCCAGAUGGUGAAGCAGAUAGGCAAGGGGCGGUAUGGAGAGGUGCUGAUGGGCAGAUGGAGGGGAGAAAAGGUGGCUGUUAAAGUUUUCUUCACCACUGAGGAGGCCAGUUGGUUCAGAGAGACUGAGAUUUACCAGACCGUCUUAAUGAGACAUGAGAACAUACUGGGCUUUAUAGCUGCAGAUAUUAAAGGAACUGGCUCCUGGACGCAGCUCUACCUAAUCACCGACUACCAUGAAAAUGGCUCUUUGUACGACUACCUCAAAUCAACCACUCUCGACAACAAAGCCAUGCUGCGACUGGCCUACUCGUCUGUGUCGGGCCUCUGUCACCUCCACACCGAGAUCUUUGGCACCCAGGGCAAACCUGCCAUUGCCCACAGGGAUCUGAAGAGUAAGAACAUCCUGGUGAAAAGGAACGGGACCUGCUGUAUAGCUGACCUAGGACUGGCAGUCAAGUUUAUCAGCGACACCAACGAGGUAGACAUCCCUCCCAACACUAGAGUCGGCACAAAGCGCUACAUGCCUCCGGAGGUUCUGGACGAGACUCUGAACAGAAGUCACUUUCAGUCGUACAUCAUGGCCGACAUGUACAGCUUUGGGCUCAUUCUCUGGGAGAUCGCUCGGCGCUGCGUCUCAGGAGGGAUCCUUGAGGAGUACCAGUUGCCGUACCAUGAUUUAGUUCCUACAGACCCCUCAUAUGAAGACAUGAGAGAGGUGGUCUGCAUCAAGAGACUACGACCAUCUUUUCCUAAUCGAUGGACCAGUGACGAGUGUUUGAGACAGAUGGGGAAGCUGAUGACAGAAUGCUGGGCCCAAAACCCGGCCUCCCGCCUCACAGCCCUACGGGUCAAAAAGACACUUGCCAAGAUGUCAGAAUCACAGGAUAUCAAGCUGUGAGCGAGCGCUGCCAGGUGUGUGUUCACACACACACACACACACACACACAGAGAGGGCAUUAACGAGCACGCCGGCUCCGGUCCAGGCCGCACAGUCCUUUUUUUCCUGGGAGAAGGAGACGGGACAGGAAGCACGAUCAUCACUCGGAGAUCGACAAACGUUGAGUCCAGACGCCCAGAACUCUGCAAUUCAAGUCCCCCUUGAAAAAUGUAUUACAGGACUACACGAAAACUUUAAUGAAUCAUAAACAGUGAGGCCCUGCGCGGCCCUGUUGCGUCAGUCGGAGAGGACGAGACAUUUUCACUUCAGACUAGUGCGAGGACUCUAAAACCAUGUUCCCGUUCCUGUUCAGAGAGUUUGACUUGGCACCGUAGCUGCAGAGAUACACAAACAAGCUACUGACCAGUGAGUGGAAUACUAUAUCACUGCUUUCUGUGAAAGCUACCCUACCUGUAGAUGAAGGUCCGACUGAUAGAACGGUGCUUUAAGGCAAUCUGUUAUUGCAGCAUGACACCUCCUUUCAAACACUGUCACCCCCCCUCCCCCCACUACUGCCUUUAUGUUGCAAUUAGAUUGAACACAUUUUAAAUUGACUGCUUUUGGUUGCAAUGACUGCCACUAUGUGACAGAACAGAAAGUGUGUUUUGAGGCUUUAAAGGUUUUUGCUCACGCUGGUAACGUUUGUAGACACUGAAGAAAAGGUAUACCUGUAUUUUUGAUGAUGGGAUGUGAAAGAUGCAAAAGCGUAUUUUCCAUGUAAAACUCGAACUCUAUAAGACUCUAUGUGAAAAAAUAAAGUUUAUAUGUCUAAAUAAACUCUGGAUCGAGGUUCGACGUGCCCUCCAGUAAACAAAGCCUGCCUGAGGAGAUGGGGGCACUGGGAUUGAACGGUGCCAUCCGAAGGUGCUCCACAGCCACUGCAGGAAGGGAAGUCUGCCGAGGCAAUCAGAAACCGUUGUACACUAACUGUAGUGGUGACUGUUAUAAAUGUGUGGAAUUGUGCCUGUGUUAGUUUAGGGCUACCACAUGUCAUGGACUGCUAUUGUUCAGUUACUAUGGGUGUUUUAGGCUGCUGGACCAGAGGCCUUCACCUAGAAAACACCACCCGGAUUACCCUGUGGACACCACAAGGUCGCGUUUCCCUGACCACCGGGCUGCCUCGUACAUCUGAAGUCAAGAUCACGUUGAGUUGUCACCCUGAAAUUAAACAGAGCUUUUUGAAGACUUCCUCCUUUAAUUCAAAUUCUAACACGGUAGCAAUCGAGCAUUAGGAAGCUUAAACGGCCUCAGUGUGAAAUGCUUCUCAAGGUAAAUCUGGACACCUUUCAUCAUAACCGUGAGCAGGCUGUCUCAGCGGUCUGCCAUCACAGCGGCGGCAGGUGAGAUUUCCCUCCAAUGGCACAAAUCCAGUCAAUUUUAUCUUAUUAUUUUUUGUCUAUGUGUAAAGUCCUUGAUAAACUUUCCUUCAGGUCAAUGAGGUUUUUAUUUUUCUGCCAACAGAAUAACAGGAUGCUCUGUUGAAGGUGUGGCAGAUCUGUUGUGUUUUAAAUGCCCUUUCUUUCCUCUUGGGUGUUGUGCCUUAUUUAAUCUGUACCUACUGUAGUUGUAUGUGAGAGGAAGUGGUGUUUUUAUUCAGUAAAAAAGGUUGAACA